CUCUCCUCUUCUCACGGUGAGCGCUCACCCAGCCGGCCGGGCGGUAGGGAUUGUCUAUUUAAGAUGAAACCAGAGAUGCCCGCCUGCCUGGAAUAGAAAGGAAGAAAUUGGGCAGAUUUGAACUUACCUGCUUUCAAACUGGUCAUCAUGAUGAAAAUUAGACACAAAAAUAAAAAGCCAGGUAAAGUUUCCAAAGGCUGCAAGAAGCCUGCAAAGCAAAAUGGGAAGAAAACGACUUCUAAAGUGCCCUCUGCUCCCCAGUUUGUUUACUCUAAUGAUCAUGCCAAUCGGGAGGUUGAAUUAAAGAAGAAGAGGGUUGAGAUGAGGCAGAAGCAGCAAGCUGCCCGGGAGCAAGAGAGACACAGACGUAGGACCAUUGAGAGCUACUGUCAGGAUGUCCUGAGACGCCAGGAGGAGUUUGAGCACAAGGGGGAAGUUUUGGAGGAAUUAAAUAUGUUUCCUCAGCUGGAUGACGAGGCCACAAGGAAGGCUUAUUAUAAGGAGUUCUGUAAGGUGGUGGAAUACUCUGAUGUGAUUCUGGAAGUCCUAGAUGCCAGAGACCCAUUGGGCUGCCGCUGCUUCCAAAUGGAGGAGGCUGUCCUUCGGGCGGAAGGCAACAAGAAGCUGGUCUUGGUCUUGAACAAGAUUGACCUGGUCCCCAAGGAGGUUGUGGAGAAGUGGCUGGAUUACCUUCGGAAUGAGCUGCCAACCAUAGCUUUCAAGGCCAGCACCCAGCAUCAGGUCAAAAACUUGAACUGGUGCAGUAUGCCCGUGGAGCAGGCCCCUGAGUCGUUGCUGAAAAGCAAAGCCUGCUUUGGAGCUGAGAACCUCAUGAGAGUUCUGGGGAACUAUUGUCGUCUUGGCAAAGUACGCACCCACAUCCGCGUGGGCGUCGUGGGCCUUCCCAAUGUUGGGAAGAGCAGCCUGAUAAAUAGCCUGAAGCGAAGCCGUGCGUGCAGUGUGGGAGCCGUUCCUGGGGUCACCAAAUUCAUGCAAGAGGUUUACCUGGACAAAUUCAUCAGGCUGCUGGAUGCUCCAGGCAUUGUCCCAGGACCCAGUUCAGAGGUGGGCACCAUCCUGCGUAACUGCAUCCACGUGCAGAAGCUGGCAGACCCUGUGACCCUGGUGGAGACCAUCCUGCAGUGCUGCAACCUGGAGGAGAUUUCUAGUUAUUACGGCAUCUCUGGGUUCCAAACCACUGAACACUUUCUGACUGCAGUGGCCCACCGCUUGGGGAAGAAGAAGAAGGGAGGCUUAUACAGUCAGGAGCAGGCAGCCAAAGCUGUCCUGGCUGACUGGGUGAGCGGAAAGAUCAGCUUCUAUACACAACCACCACCCACCCACACUCUGCCCGCCCAUCUCAGUGCGGAGAUUGUUAAAGAGAUGACUGAGAUCUUUGACAUUGAGGAUACCGAGCAAGCCAAUGAAGAUACCAUAGAAUGCUUGGCCACUGGAGAAUCUGAUGAACUGUUGGGUGACAUGGACCCACUCGAAAUGGAGAUCAAGUGGCUCCAUUCUCCGAUGGUGAAAACAGCAGAUGCCAUUGAAAAUAAAACCACCGUGUAUAAGAUUGGAGAUCUCACUGGGUAUUGCACCAAUCUGAACCGUCAUCAAGUGGGGUGGGCUAAACGCAAUGUGGGACACUGCCCCAAGAACAACAGCGUGAUGGAUAUCUGCCUAGUGGACCGCCGCCCGAUGCUGCAGAGAAUCAUGGAGACGGACCCGCUGCAGCAGGGCCAGGCUCUGGCAUCUGCCCUGAAGAAUAAGAAGAAAAUGCAGAAGCGUAUAGAUAAAAUCGCCAGCAAGCUGUCUGAUUCCAUGAUGUCUGUCCUCGACCUCUCUGGCAACACUGAUGACGGUGCUGGUGACUGAUUGAUCUCACUUCCCUACCCUUCCAGUCACCAGUUCCAGUGGGAUAGGUGAAUACAGAUUAAAUAGUUUGGUUCUCCCUGAAGCAUCUUCACAGGAAAAGAACCUUUCCCCUACCCUGUGUUCCCUUUCCCGCCACCUUUCCCUCCAUUCUCUCCUGCAAAAAUAGAGUCCCAAGAGGCUGGAGCUGCCAAACCCAGUACGCUUUAUUUAACCUUUAUUCUGUUUUACAAGAGAACUAAAAAUCAGCAGAGCCCAGGUGCUAACAAUUUAUCCCCCACCCUCAAUCCUGGAGUCCCACCCUGUAGGUUGGGCUAGUUUGAGGGUUGAUCCCCUGAAAAACCCCUCUUAGACAGCUGAAUGUGCAACUAGAGGCUAGGGUGAUGGUAGACCUGGGGGUCCUUGGGAGGGUGUUGAUUUUUUUACCACUCUGCAAGAGAUCUCAGCGGCAAGGCAUUCCUGCGGUGGGCUUCGGGCCAUGCAUCUUCCAAGUCCACAGGUUCUCACUUGGGUGGCAGUGAGAGUAGGGGGUAUAGUGAUGAGCCUUCUGUGUCUCUGGAAGGGUCUGGGGAUAGGAUAGAGGGAAGAAGAGAACAAAUAAACCUGGCUGGUGCUGAAACGUUGUACGCACUACCUUGUUCACACAAAGAGAAAACAAGGUACCUGUCAGGCCUUAAAAACUAACGCCACCUUAAGUGACAUUACAAGCGGCGCCAUUAUGGGCCCACAAGGGCGUAUUAACGUGGCAGCCUAAGACGCCGCCGGGAGGAAGUAGGGUGGGAGUGUCUGUGGGAACCUUGCCUUAGCCCUUAUUGGCCAAAUAUGUGCUUCCACGCUCGUGAACACUGCGUGAUUGCAAUAGCUAGGCACUGAGACAGGAGGCAUGCUCUUGACCUUUAAGCUGAUAGGAUUAUGUUAAAACCUCCCCUCCCCAUCUGCCUAUAAAAGCAAGUGCUUGUGUGAUAAUAAAUGGAACUGCUCGACAGAA